GCCACUCGAGCGCGCGGCGGAGCGCUGACUGGAGUGGGAAUCCGUGUCUGUGCUGGCCGCGAACGCGCGAUGACCACGUGGAGCCUCCGGCGGAAGCCGGGACGCACACUUGGACUUCUGCUGCUGGUCAUCCUGAGCUUCUUGGUGCUGCGCAGGUAUCUACGCCUUGAGUCCAGCAGCUGUGGCCAGGAGGGGGCUCGCAGGUUUAACUGGAGUACUCUGAUCCCUCUGUGGCUGCGACAUCGCCAGUUAGGACUGCAAGCCAAAGGCCAGAACUUCAUGCUGGAGGACUCCACCUUCUGGAUCUUUGGAGGCUCCAUGCACUAUUUCCGGGUGCCCAAGGAAUACUGGAGGGAUCGUUUGCUCAAGAUGAAAGCCUGUGGCCUGAAUACCCUCACCACCUAUGUUCCCUGGAACCUGCACGAGCCAGAAAGAGGCAAAUUUGACUUCUCUGGGAACCUGGAUCUGGAGGCCUUUGUGCUGAUGGCUGCAGAGAUCGGGCUGUGGGUGAUUCUGCGUCCAGGCCCCUACAUCUGCAGCGAGAUUGACCUCGGAGGCUUGCCCAGCUGGCUACUCCAGGACUCUGGCAUGCGGCUGAGAACUACGUACAAGGGCUUCACCGAAGCAGUGGACCUUUACUUUGAUCACCUGAUGUCCAGAGUGGUGCCACUGCAGUAUAAGCAUGGUGGACCCAUCAUUGCUGUGCAGGUGGAGAAUGAGUAUGGCUCCUAUAACAAAGACCCUGCCUACAUGCCUUACAUCAAGAGGGCCUUGGAGGACCGCGGGAUCGUGGAGCUACUGCUGACUUCAGACAACAAGGAUGGCCUGAGCAAGGGCGUGGUGCCUGGAGUGAUGGCCACCAUCAACCUACAGUCGCACGCGGAGCUGCAGUCACUCACCACGUUCCUCCUGAGUGUGAAGGGGAUCCAGCCCAAGAUGGUGAUGGAGUACUGGACAGGGUGGUUUGACUCAUGGGGAGGCCCACACAAUAUCUUGGAUUCCUCUGAGGUUUUACAGACGGUGUCUGCCAUCGUCGAUGCCGGCGCCUCCAUCAACCUCUACAUGUUCCACGGGGGCACCAACUUCGGCUUCAUCAACGGAGCCAUGCACUUUCAGGAAUAUAAGUCUGAUGUCACCAGCUAUGACUAUGACGCGGUGCUGACAGAGGCUGGGGACUACACAGCCAAGUACUCUAAGCUUCGGGACUUCUUUGGCUCCGUCUCAGGUGUCCCUCUACCUCCACCACCUGACCUUCUUCCCAAGAUGUCCUAUGAGCCAAUGACACCAGCUUUCUACCUGUCCCUGUGGGAUGCCCUCCAGUACCUGGAGCCCAUCAGGUCUGAAAAGCCCAUCAACAUGGAGAACCUGCCGGUGAACAAUGGGAAUGGCCAGUCCUUUGGGUACAUUCUGUAUGAGACCGCCAUCGCCUCUUCUGGCGUCCUCAGGGGCCUUGUGCGAGACCGGGGGCAGGUAUUUUUGAACACAGUAUCCAUAGGAUUCAUGGACUAUAAAACGACGAAGAUUGUUAUCCCCUUGACCCAGGGCUUCGCCAUGCUGAGGAUCUUGGUGGAGAAUUGUGGGCGAGUCAACUACGGGGACAAUAUCGAUGACCAGCGCAAAGGCUUAAUUGGAAACCUCUACCUGGAUGAUUCUCCCCUGAAGAAGUUCAAAAUUUACAGCCUGGAUUUGAAGAAAAGCUUCUUUAACAGGUUUGGUGUUGACAAGUGGACACCUGUCCCAGAAGUACCCGUGUUCCCAGCUUUCUUCUUGGGUGGCUUGUCGGUCAGCCCCACUCCUUUAGACACCUUUCUGAAGCUGGAGGGCUGGGAGAAGGGUGUCGUAUUCAUCAAUGGCAGAAACCUUGGACGCUACUGGAACAUUGGGCCUCAGAAGACCUUGUACCUUCCAGGUGUCUGGCUGGACAAGGGCAUGAACCAGGUGGGCACACUUCCAGCUUCCUACCUUUUUCCCCGUGACUUCUUCCCAUCCCUGUCCUCCUUGGCAUCAGCAUGUUUCCCUGGGGGACUGGGUAGAUGCUCAGCCAGCUGCCUCCUCUCCCAUCCUUGGCGCCUGUUCUUCCUAGCUCCAGCCUAGCUGCUUCACAGCCCCCUCAGCGGGCACCAGAACAAACCUCAGCUGCUCUCCUACUCCAGCCCUUCUCUCCUGCAGGUCAUCAUUUUCGAGGAGGUGGUGUCAGGCCCCAUGAUCCAGUCAACUGAUAUCCCCCACCUGGGCAGGAACCAGUACAUUAUCUGAGCUGCAGCCCCCAGCACCUCCUGCAGGGGCAGCAGCCGCUCAAAGCCAGGGGGCUGCUUGCUCACACCUGCCCUGCAGAGGGCAGUGGCCUUCAGUAGCAAUCUCAGGGAGCCAUGGGGCUGCAAGUCUGUCUCUGGCCCAAGUUCAAACCCUAAACCUAGGAGGACUGAAGAGAAGCGUUGGGUGGCAAGCAGGCCAGGCUCUUCUGGGAGAGCCAGAAGGAUGUCUCCAGAGGGUGGGCAUGUACAGUCCUGCGGCCAUGGGAGGAGUUCCUGGGGCCCUCAGAAAAGACACUGGAGCUAGUUGGGCAUUAGCUCCCAUCCCGGAAGCCAGAGCCUUGCUGGCCAGUCUGCUGGACACAGGUAUGCUCUUUGAAUGUUCUGAUGGGGCUGGGCCACAUCCACAUGACCUCGAUUCGGUCCUGAAAUAGUGGGUUUGUCACCGUUUGUAGAGGAUAGCAAAGGAGUGGGCUUUGAGUUGACUUAGCUCUUCCUUCACAACCCUCCUCGAGCCUUCUCUGGGAUUCUGGAAGAAUCUGAGAAACACCUGGUUCUCACAGGAUGACAGGUGCGGCUGAAGAGAACAGACACUCAGCCCCUGCCUGCCCUCAGCUGCAGAAGGGCUUCCAGCCAUGCUCAGUGGGGCAGGCGGCGGCAGAGGGACGCGAAUCCCAGCACAAACCACACCCUGUGUCUGCAUGUCAGGGAGGGGAAGGGCAGAGGCCCCACCACGUGGCACUGGGCACGUGGCCCACCAGGAAGCUUGGGGAAGCCACGGAGCCCACAGGCCUUCUCCAGGUCUUGCCUCCACCCCAUGACCCAGCCACAGGGGGAAAGGGAGCUCUCCAUCGCAGUGGUCUCCCUGUCCAAAUGGGAGGCUCUUGCUCUGGGGAUCAAAGGCUAUGGUUUGGCUCAGGUUUGCUGUCCUAAAGUGCAAUAAAGCAAUAGUGUUGA